AACGGUCUUGCUUAGGAAAAUAAAGGCUAAACUGUCCUCUUUCGAUUGCUGAAAGCCACAAGUCUCUAUCUUUUACUGUCUUUGAGUUAUUCAAAAAACAACUAUCGGCCUUAUAUUUUGGGAUGAAGAUUGGACAUAAGAUUCUUGAAUGGUUAGAAUUAGAAGUGUUGUUUAAAAGAGUUAAAAUUUGAUGAUAUGCAACCAAACAUUAAGGAGACGCUGUAUUAUUCGAAAAGUAAAAUCGUACGAAUGUUUAAAUCAAUUUGACUUGUGUUUGCGUAGUAAUAAAUAUCUGCUUGUACGUUUUAGAUACUUCGCAUCGGUAAAUUAUUAAUUAUAUUAAAAUGACUAUUUUGAACAAGUCCCUAAUAUUAUUGUUGCUCUGUAUCAAUUGUAAUACCGUUAUCAUUAAUGAAGACUAGAAUAAAUCUGUUUAAUUAGUUUAGAUAUUAAUUACAACAUUAUUCAUUGAGCAAUGAAAAUUUAUAAAUGUUUUUUCAAGAACCAUUGAAAAACGUCAAAAAAGUAAAAUCAAAUCGAUACUGUGUGUUUAUACGUGAGAACUGUGUGAACAAGAAAAAUUAUAGUGAUGAAAACAUGAAAAACAAUACUAUACGAACGAUUAAUUGAACAUUAUUUUAAUGAUAAAUCAAUAAGAAAAUUAACGUUAACAACGAGAAUAUUACUAGAUUUUUUAUGGAGUAUUUGAAACGUAUUAAUUAUAAUGAACAAAUAAUUAUGCACAAGAAGAAUAUAAGAAAUAUAGUUAAAAUGAUAUAUGUUCAUUUUUAAAACGAGAUGUUUCGAGCGUUAAAUUUUAAUUGUUUAGUAAUAGGUAAUUUGAUAUUCUGAAUUGAUUCAUUGCUAUACUCUAUAUUUUCAAUAUUUUGAAUAAUAACAAAAACAAUGAAACAACGUGAAUGAAAAGAUUAAUGAAGAAAAAAUCAUCGGAUAUUUUACUAUUGUCAAGAAUUUAUAAGUAUAAUGAAAUAUUACUCUUUCAAUAUUCAAGACUCAAAUAUUGAUUAUUUGUCCAUUGAUAAUUAUGAUAAAGAAAAUUAUUUUAAUAAAAAAAUUCGCACAUGUAGAAUGACGAGUCAGAAAUGACGACGAAUAUUUAAUGUAAUUUGUCAUUUUUUUGAACAAAUAUCUUGGUUAUUAUCCGCACAGAUAUACUUUUAUUUCUGUUUUGCUAUUAAACUUUAGAUGAUUUUAUUUUUUGUGUUGUUUCUCUAUAAUCAUGAUAGCUAGACCAACUGCAUCCACUUUAUGAAAGAUCUCUUCGGUUUAUUGUCAUCUUUACUCUUUUUCUAGCGAUUUUGUUGAUUUUGAUGCAAAGAGGUCUUUCUUAAGGUGAUUGUAGUUCGAUGAAAAAAACAUGAUGAAGACCUUAAUGCCAUCUAGUUUCGUUCAAAAAUGUUUGCUUUACACGACUGAGUUGUUCACAAAAAGUUUCCGUUUGAAUUCUAAGACUUGAUUUUUUACGAGUGUUCUAAAAUUUUGAUUCUUUAAGAAUGUGAUUUGCAGGGAUUUUCACAAACAUCGCAUCUGAUUGAAGGGAGAAUGAAUGAAAAGAAAGCAUGGUAUGUAACACUUUCAACAAAAGAAGUCAACAUAUUUUUGUUCAGUUUUGAGUCUGAUUUCAUUUUAACCUUUCAAUAUUCAAAUGAGUCGUGUAUCGAUAGCUAUUCGAUCAAGUAAAUUAUAUUUUUCUUAGAAAAACUACAAAAUUUAAUCUACAAUCGAUAUCUCAUACAAUAAUUAACGUUGUUCAAUGAUUCGAUAUGACUCAUGUUAAUUUCUAUUUGUUUUUGUUUAUUGGUGUUCGUUAGUUCGGUUGUUGAUGAAGAAUGAGAAUAAAGAAUAAUCGGCUUGACUAUUGGUUUGUACCACUAUGUGUUGUCAUUAAUCCAAUGACUUUAUCGUCAAUGUUAUAAUUAUUUUUAACGUUUUUUAGAUUUUUUAGAAAUGCAGUAUUAUCUUUUGUUGAACGAAUUGAUCAGCUUGAAACGAGCUGAUUAUUAAUUGGUGAAUGGUACUCGUCAAACAACAAUAACACCCAUGAAAAUAUGUUUUUUUUGUUUUAUUUUAAACGUUUUGUUAGAAGAUAUUGUUUUUAUGUUUUGUAAAUUAAAAAACAACAAAAGAAGAAGAAACUCUUGUUCAUCUUAAAUUUUGCAGUGUUUUUUGUAUAAUAUUAAUAAAUAUAUUUUAUUUCUAGAUGGCUGAAUUAUUGUUAGAUUCAUCCAUACGAUUUUGGGUAUUUAUGCCCAUUGUUGCCAUUACAUUUUUUGUCGGCGUUCUUCGACAUUAUAUAACAAUAUUAACUACAGGAGAAAAGCCGGUCGAUAAACAACAAUUGGCAGAUAGUCAAGCAUUGAUUCGUAGUCGGAUAUUAAGAGAAAAUGGAAAAUAUAUUCCAAAAGAGGGAUUUGCAAUGCGUAAACAUUAUCUUGUAAAUGACGAGAAUGGUUAUCUCACAUCUCAACAAACAAGACAACAACCAAUAAGAAAUCCUAUAACAGAUCCAACAAUGAUGACUGAAAUGUUGAAAAAUAAUAUUUCUAAUAUGGUGCCAAUGAUUGUUAUUGGUGGAUGGAUUAAUUGGGCAUUUUCGGGUUUUUUAUGCACUAAAGUACCAUUUCCAUUAACAUUUCGUUUUAAGCCAAUGUUACAACGUGGAGUUGAAUUACUAUCAUUAGAUGCAAGUUGGGUUAGCUCCGUGUCAUGGUAUGCACUGAAUAUAUUUGGUUUACGUAGUGUUAAUACGUUAAUAUUGGGUGAAAAUAAUGCGGCUGAUCAAACAAAAAUUAUUCAAGAUCAAAUGAAUGUUGCAGCAAUGUCUAUGCCACAAGAUCCGUCAAAAGCAUUUAAAGCAGAAAAAGAAGGAUUAUUAUUGUGUGAUCAUCAAUGGGCAUAUAAAACGAUUGAAGAAGAUAUUAUGACACAAUAUAGACUAACAAGAGUACAUUCGCAUUCGUAA